AUGAACAAGCUCGCUCUAACCUACCUCGCGAUAUCGCUGCUCGGAGUCUCUGCCUCUUAUCACGAACGCAUCGGCGCGCAAGACGUCAUCGCCAAGCUUGGACUGGAGCCAAACCCAGAAAAGGGUUACUACCGACAAACCUUCGAAGAUGCUGGCAGCAUCACCAAUCGCUCAUACUCAACCGCCAUCUACUAUCUGCUCGAGGGUCAAGCCGGUCCAUCCUACUGGCACCGGGUCACCGAUGCUGUCGAGAUUUGGCACUUUUACGCCGGCGCGCCCUUGAGACUGGAAUUGUCGUGGAACAACGGCACAGCAACUCAACAGCAGGUCCUAGGGAGUGAUAUUUUCAGGGACCAGUCACCACAGGUCAUCAUCGACAAGGGCCAGUGGCAGCGGGCGACAAGCCUAGGAAACUGGACGUUGGUGGGCACGACAGUCGCGCCUGGCUUUUCAGAAAAUGGAUAUGAAUUGCCGGAGCCAGGCUUCAACCCGGACGACGGCCAACAAGCCUCCUAA